UGGACAUCGAUUUUUUCCCAGCUCUAUUUCAAUCGUCCGCUAGAUUUCAAGCCGCUCAAAUGGCAAGUGUGCGUUGUUUGCAAAAGUUAAUUCGCCUGCAGAAGCUGCUCCUGCCCCUCAAUGCACAAAGCUCCCGUCAGUUGGCUUCUCUGCAGCCCAGACCGCUCACCUUCCUGCUGGCAAGGAGGACCUAUGCCAAUGAUGAAAAAACAACCACCAAUCUAGAUGACUUUCGGGCACGCGAAGAGCAGCGCGAAAAAGAACGGGAUGCCGCCGAUGAGGCGGCGGCUAGGGCCGCACAAAAAGAGGCUGGUACGGCAGGAGGAGGUGCUGGAACGGGAUCAGGAGCAAGUGGAAAACAGGAUGAUGCCAAGCAGGCCAAAGUCGAUGCCAUUAGAGUCAAGAUCCUGGACGCCGCGCUGUUGCAUGUCCCACAGCACGGCUGGACCAAACAGGCCAUUGUCCAGGGCGCAGAGGACAGUGGCUAUCCCAGCGUAAUACACGGCAUGUUUCCUGAAGGGGGCUUUGCUCUGGUCUCCCAUUUCAAUGGUAAGUGCAAUGCUCAGCUGGUGGCGAGCCUGGAGCAAAAAACAGAUGGUGGUAAGCUGGAGGUGGAGAAUCCUCUGGACUUUCUGGUGCAGGCGGUACGCCAGCGCCUGGAGAUGGUUGUCCCCUAUAAGGCGCAGUGGCCGCAGGCAAUGGGUUUGAUAGCGCAGCCACAACAUGCGCCCACAGCUCUGGCCCAGGUCUUGACCUUGGUGGAUGACAUCUGCUACUACUCCGGGGAUCGAUCCGUCGAUUUCGGUUGGUACACAAGACGCGUGGGUUUGGCGACCAUCAUGAAGAUGACUGAGCUGUACUUCCUGCAGGAUACCUCUCCAGGACACGCCCAGACCUGGGAGUUCCUUAAGAACCGUAUGGAUGAGGCCGUACAGCUGCAGAUGAUGCUCUCGCAAACGGAGGGCAUGACGCACACGUUCCAGCGUUCCUUCAACUCGGCGUUCAUAACGGCGCGUAAUAUACUCGGUCUGGGUUAUAACCGUAACUAGCAAGGAAGCUGAGGUAUUCCGUGAUCCAUUACCUCUAGCAAGGCACAUGCAGUCCAAAGAUGAAUAAUUCAGGUGGGAGAGACCCACCUAAAGAUCUACUCUUAUGUUUAAAAUCCCUAUGUAUAUACUGUGCAUAAAGGUAAACCUUUGUACGAAAAGCUGUUGAUUAUCUUUCGUGGUUUUGC